AGCAUAAUUUAUGGCGGAAAAUAGUGGUGUACAACAUUGAUUUCGUUUCUAUAAAUAUCGAACAUGCCAUACCUACUUAGCAUUGCUCAGAGUUACCUACCUUAUCUCUGUUACUACAACUCUUCAAUGGCUUCUAGCUUUCAAAGUUCACCUAUGGCUUCCAACUACAGAAGCCAUAAUAAGAAAAGCCACGACAGUGACAUGUUCCAUCCAACCCAAGUGGAGGUGGUUGUGGUGCCUUUCCCUGCACAAGGGCACCUCAACCAGCUUCUCCACCUCUCUCGCCUCAUCUUGGCACACAACAUACCCGUCCAUUUUGUAGGUUCGCAGACCCACAAUCGCCAAGUCAUAGUUCGUGCCCAAGGUUGGGACCCAAACUCCAUUUACAACAUUCAAAUUCACGACUUCAAUGUUCCUCCUUUUGUUUCCCCUGCCCCCAACCCACAUGCUGAAACAAGGUUCCCCUCACAUCUUUUACCCUCCUUCGUGGCCUCCACGAGUCUCCGUGAGCCCGUGUAUGCACUCUUGCAAUCCCUUUCAACUGUGGCCAGAAGGGUCGUUGUCAUCUAUGACUCCCUCAUGGCAUCUGUGGUGCAAGAUGCUAUUCAUGUGCCCAAUUGUGAGAGUUACACUUUCCACAGUGUUUCUGCCUUCACCAUGUUCUUGUACUUUUGGGAUGCAAUGGGGAGGCCCCCAGUAGAAAAAGUGUCCCACAUCAUCCCUGAAGUUCCUUCCCUUGAAGGGUGCUUCACAACCCAAUUCAUAGAUUUCAUCACUUCACAGUAUGAGUUCCAUAAGUUCAGCAAAGGGACUAUAUACAACACCACAAGGGCAAUUGAGAGUCCUUACUUGGAGUUAAUAGAGAGGAUCAUUAGUAGCAAGACUCAUUGGGCCUUGGGGCCAUUCAACCCUUUGUCCAUUGAGAAGGGAGUCUAUAACACAAGGCACUUCAGUGUUGAGUGGCUUGACAAGCAAGAAGCAGGGUCAGUUUUGUAUGUGUCGUUUGGGACAACAACAUGCUUCUCUGAGGAGCAAAUCAAGGAGGUUGCAAACGGGUUGGAAAAAAGCAAGCAAAAGUUCAUAUGGGUGGUGAGGGAUGCUGACAAGGGAGAUGUGUUUGAUGAGGAUGGCGUGAGAACUGCUGAGCUUCCAAAGGGGUUUGAAGAGAGAGUGAAAGGCACGGGGUUGGUUGUGAGAGACUGGGCACCCCAAUUGGAGAUUCUAAGUCACAGUUCAACUGGUGGGUUUAUGAGUCACUGUGGAUGGAACUCUUGCAUGGAGAGCAUGACAAUGGGGGUGCCAAUAGUAGCAUGGCCUAUGCACUCUGACCAGCCUAGGAACAGGGUUUUGGUAACAGAAGUGCUCAGAGUUGGGGUGGUUGUGAAGGACUGGGACCACAGGGACGAGUUGGUGACAUCAUCAGAUGUUGAGAAUGCCGUGAGGAGAUUGAUGGCAACAAAAGAAGGUGAUGAGAUGAGACAAAGGGCAAUGAACCUGAAAAAUGCUAUUCGCAGGUCCAAGGAUGAGGGGGGUGUUUCUCGCGCGGAACUGGAUGAUUUCAUUGCGCACGUCACUAGAUAGUUUGGUCCAAAUCCAUUUCAUUUACAAGCCAGGCAUUUUGAUGAUGAUGAUAAUAAUAAUACCAAUAAUAAUAAUAUAAAAAAAAUAUUGUUAGUGGAUUGGGGUAUCAAGACUACGUUAAGUGAAUGCAAAUAUAUGAUUCUUAGUUCGGGAUUUCGAAUAUUGUAUAGACAGUUAAGUUAGAUUUAUGAAAUAAGUACUUGUUUACUUUUAGUUUAGCAAUAAUAACUUGAAAGGGCUUAUUUGUUUAGGUAUAAGUGAGAAUUCAUGCAAAAAAUUUAUGAUAUAUGUAUUUUUUUUUAACCAAAGCA